UGUUCAAAAGUUAGAACUUGUUAAUCCCACAUAACAAAAAUUCUCAGCUAAAUGAAAGUUAAUUAGUUACAAUAAACAAUUGUUUUGAUUGGCCUAAUGCAAAAAAAAAACAUUUUGAAACCGGAAGUUGAUCAAUUUUAACCUGGAAGGUUUACCACGAACUUAGGAUACACAGGGACUGAGACGCUGAGCAAUGGGUAUGCAAUGAAAAGUUGACAUGGAUUCCAUUGAAUCCUCACCGGAUAGGAACCCGUCGCCACCCCCAGAGCUAGCCAACCAAGCUGAACUUCUGCAUGCUGAAUGCAUCGGAGACACCGCCUUCAGCAAACACUGGCUCUUCACCACUCUCAUUAAACUUAUUGAGGAGGUUAAGAAUGAGGAUGCUACUGAUACGGAUCUGGUGGUAGACAUAGAUGAUGAGUUACAGAAUGAACUUUGCAAGCUCUGGGACAUGUCAAUGAAUUCAGAGGUGGCUCGUUUCCUGGAUGAAUACAAAGCCCUGGAGAUAUUGACUGGAAUAAUACAGAAAUCCAAAGCUCCAAGAGUUAUUGAGAUCUGUAUUGGUGUUCUUGGUAACAUGGCAUGUGAGCAGGAAGUGUGUAGCAAGAUGGCGGGGGACCACAAGUUCAUUGAACUUGUGUUGUCCAUGAUGGAGACUAGAGAUGCACCUACACUAGUGGCAAACACAAGGCUGAUCUCGACUUCCCUGUCAAACACGGGCUCCCGCGGUCCCUGGAUCCGGGCCAUCCAGCGCUCCGAGGAGAUCCUUGACCACCUCAAGUUCAUCUUCUCCAGCUCCACAAACUGUGACUUGUUGCAGAACACAGCAGAGCUUGUGGACACUCUUCUGGAUCUAGAAACGGACCUGUGUGUGUCUUGGGCCACUGUGGACUUUGUAGAGUCACUGCUAGAGGCAACUGAACAAAUUGGGAGCAGCCAAGGUGAGGCUAUGGAGCUGUACCUGCACAUCUUUCAGAGUUUCUCCACCACAGAGUCCGGCGUUGAGGCUUUGGUUGCCCACAUAGAUGCCCUGGAGUUGAAGAUCCUUGCGUACCUGAAUGAGGUGUGUGAGUACGAGAUAGUGGGGGUUGACGGCAAGGUGCAGCCCCUUGCCUCGGCCCUCUCUGUCCUCAACAUACUCUUCAUGACCCGACCACUAGGCCAGAUGGCUAACCUCUGCAAUGAUGAGAAGUUGAUGCGCAUUUUACUGAAAAUUCUGGAACCAGUGUAUCCAAUGCUUCAAAAGUACAAGGAGGCUCAAACUAACAUGCAAGCACCUAGUGACAAACAUGUGGCUUCAUUUGACCAAUCAGCAGCAACUUAUGUUGCUUUAAACCAAUCACAGGGAGAUAUAGUGUCACAUGAUAAAACUGUGACAAAUGGUACAAAAGACAGUGAAGAUGGAGGCCAAAGUGACAGAAAUGGGACACAAGAAAGCAGUCUCAGUGAAGAGGAAAAGGAGGAAUUAUACCAGCUCACUGUACUCUAUGAUGUCCUAUCAGCCAUCAUUGUAGAUUAUUGUAACAUUGUGUUCACAAAAUCCGUACAGGCUAAAGCACUUUCUAAAGCUGCAGUCAGUGAAACACACCUUGAACGGACUCCAGAAAGCAAUCUCACCAGUAAAAAAGGUGAUGUAGAUUCCGACAGCAACCAAAAUAAAAACAACAGCAGCAUUGGCAAUGACAGUGGGGACACCACCAAUAGUAAUGAUAGUAUUCAUGAUUCGGUGCCAAUUUCCACACCAGUAGACACAUCUGUCAUAGACUGUGGCGCUAUUCUCAGUUACCUGGAUGAAUCCUGUGGUCGUUGGAGGCUAAACAAUCUGGGACUGACAUUGAAAGCCUCCGAGAGUGGCCGCAAAAUCUUCAAGCAGCUGUCUGACUUGGCUAGUGAGCAUCGCUUUGAGCGACUGGGUCGCAUUCUCAAGGACAUCAAUGAAGGCAGAAUCAUCAACAGAGCGGAUUCUAGUAGAGAUCAGCCAGACAAAUUGUUACACGUGUAAUGUAAUGGUACUCAUGUUUGUAAAGAAUUCCAUACAAUGGUGGUACUGUGCACUUUAAUUUUAUCAUAGUAGAAUAUGUUCAUUAAACAGUUCACACCAUAGGUCAGCUGUUUAUCAAUGAUUUUUAAUGAUGUUGAAAUGAUCACGAUUCAGGAAAUAUUCUAUUACGCUGUUGUAUUAUGUGGCAAAACGUGUUUUCUCUAUUUUUACAAAAUUGACCUUACUUCAGUAGGCAGCUUAACAUGUGCUAGUCCUUUAAAGGAAUUAAAGCACACUUUAUGUUUGUACAAAUAUGUUGUAUUUGUUUGUGAUGCAUCAUUAAAAAUGUGUUUAUGUG